UGCAAAUCUCCAACUAAAAAUCUGCCCGACUGCUUCUACUAUUUCACGAGUCCUCCGAGUCCUCUUGUUCCAAGUAAGCUUCCUUCUCUCUCCUUUUUCUUGAGUCAUGUCUGACCGCGAAGAUAGCCAGAACCCUUCCAUCCAUUCUUACGCUUCUGGUGACCGGUCUCAGACCUCCGGUUCCUCAACAUCUUCUUCUUAUUCGUCUGAGCGCCCGACUACUUCCCCACCGAAGAAGCCGGUCGACGCUUCCACUUGUGCCCCUUCUUCUUCCGUUGCACAAGUGGUCUCAGUUGCCCAGCUUGGGGACGAGGGCUUCAUUCAGCAGGACGACCGGUUGCUCCAAGAGCAACCGUCGUACAUGCAGAAACCUCAAAUCCACGAGCUGCGUAACCUGAUGCCUGAUGGGUACCAACUGACCUACCGGGCAACGUGGAAGAACUUUAUUUCUCUCCACGUCAGUACGUCGAUUGGUAUCCAUUACCAUUCUCUCCAGGACUUGGGUGAAUUCUCGAUUCACCCAUUCAAAGUCCUCUUCCUUGAGACAUACGGAAUCAUGCCCGGGCAGCUGGCCCCAAUUGGUCACCGUAUGUUGAGCAGUUUCAUCAAUGUCUUCCGGCUCCUUCGUAUCCAUCUCUCCCUCCGUCUCUUCGAUCAUAUGUUCGAUGUCCGGCCCGGGUCCAAGGAAACCCUUGGAUUCGUUGUUGUGUUGAUGAGUCGUUUUUGGAUAUCUUAUUUUUUGGAGAAAAUUGCAGCAAAAGGUCGAAUUGAAGUUCUUUUGAAAAGAAGAGAUUGAUUUUGGGCCAAAGCCCAGAACAAACAUAAUUCAGCCCACCAAUCAUCCCACAUUAUCUUCACGCAAGAAGAAACGAACGGCAUUUCUUCAUGGCAGAGAGGACCGAGUAAAACCGGCGAAGCAUUCAACGCUCCAACGUUCGGCUCCAUCAAUUGCGCGACAAUCAAUUGCCAACGGGAAGAAAAGCUUCGACUAUAAAUUGCACCCAGAAUCAUCAGCUCGAAAGGAGGGGGAACGAACCAGAGAGCUCCAUUCUUCAAUUUCUUCAUCUUCUUCUUCUAUAGGUACCCAAAUAAAUUGGCUUCCGGACUUAAUCCGGAAGUCAACCCUUUAAAUUUUCAAUUCUUUUGUUGUUUCUAUGUUCAAGUGUUGUUUUUUUUUCCAAUUUAUCACUUUUUUUUCAUUACUUGUUCAUGUAAAAAAAUCUGGCAAAAGAAUAUAACGGUUGGUGUUCU